UCAAACGUCUGUGUUAUACCGCGUUUUCUAAUUAGUUUCCCUUCCCUCAGUAACGAUGGGUGACAUGAUAUUCGAAGAACUAGAAGACUUGAUGCAUUUUUCUGUCCACGAUUUACCAACUCGUGGAUAUUCGGUCAUGGAGGAGAUCCGACGACAGGGGAAACUUUGCGAUGUCACCCUAAAGGUGGGCGAGCACAAGUUCAGUGCCCACAGGAUAGUUCUGGCUGCAUCUAUUCCGUACUUCCAUGCCAUGUUCACCAACGACAUGGUGGAAUGUAAACAGGAUGAGAUCGUCAUGCAGGGCAUGGAUCCCAGCGCACUUGAAGCUCUGAUCAAUUUUGCCUACAAUGGACACAUAGCCAUAGACCAGCAGAACGUGCAGGGCCUUCUGAUCGGGGCCAGCUUCCUGCAGCUCCAGAACGUCAAGGAUGCCUGCUGCUCCUUUCUCCAAGAGAGGCUACACCCGAAGAACUGUCUGGGCGUGCGGCAGUUUGCAGAGACCAUGAUGUGCACCACGCUGUACGACGCUGCCAACAGCUUCGUGCACCAGCACUUCAUGGAGGUGUCCGUGUCGGAGGAGUUCCUGAGCCUGCGUCCCGAGGAGGUGCUGGAGCUGGUGGGCUGCGAUGAGCUCAACGUCAAGGCCGAGGAGCAGGUGUUUGAGUCCGUGCUGGCGUGGGUGCGGCACCAGCGGGAAGACCGCCAGUCCUGCCUGCCUGAGCUGCUCUCUAAAACCCGGCUGCCCCUGUGCCGCCCCCAGUUCCUGGCCGACCGCGUGCAGCAGGAUGAGCUGGUGCGCUGCUGCCACAAAUGCAGGGAUUUGGUGGAUGAAGCGAAGGAUUACCAUCUAAUGCCAGAGAGGCGGCCUCGCCUUCCCGCCUACAAGACCCGGCAGAGGUGCUGCACGUCCAUCACAGGGCUCAUCUACGCCGUCGGAGGCCUCAACGGAGCCGGUGAUUCGUUAAACGUCGUAGAAGUUUUUGACCCAGUUGGUAACUGCUGGGAGCGCUGUCAACCAAUGAGCACGGCCCGGAGCCGAGUGGGCGUGGCUGUGGUCAACGGGCUGCUUUACGCCAUUGGCGGCUAUGAUGGGCAGUCUCGGCUCAGCACGGUCGAGGUCUACAAUCCAGAGACAGACGCGUGGAACAGAGUCGCCAGCAUGAACAGCCAGCGCAGUGCGAUGGGCACCGUGGUAGUGGAUGGGCACAUAUACGUGUGCGGCGGUUAUGAUGGCAAAUCCUCACUCUGUUCCGUGGAGUGUUACUCCCCCGAAACCGACAGGUGGACUAUUGUGACAGAGAUGAGCGCGAGUCGCAGCGCUGCAGGUGUGACUGUUUUCGAGGGAAGGAUAUUUGUUUCCGGUGGCCAUGACGGUCUACAGAUCUUCAACACGGUGGAGUACUACAACCAGCACACAGCCCUGUGGCACCCCUCAACUCCCAUGAUGAACAAGCGCUGUCGUCACGGCGCGUCCUCCCUGGGCAGCCAGCUCUACGUGGUGGGCGGCUACGACGGCUCCGCCUUCCUGAGUGGCGCCGAGAUCUACAGCUCCAUGACGGACCAGUGGAGUCAGCUGGUGGCCAUGAACACACGGCGCAGCCGCGUCUCCCUGGUGGCCGCUCGCGGCCGCCUGUACGCCGUGGGAGGCUACGACGGACAGUCCAACCUCAACUCGGUGGAGGUGUAUGACCCUGAGAUCAGCCGCUGGACAUUCAUGGCACCUAUGAGCUGCCACGAGGGAGGUGUUGGGGUGGGCUGUGUGCCUCUCCAGCCCGCAUAGCCUGGGAAAUGUUUGAGGUUUUACGUUCUCGCCGUGUGGCGACGUUUGGUGGCGGGCUCAUCGUCACCAUGUCUCGCCCUAGGUCCGAGCGUUUUUGUUUGAGAUGUUACGUUCUUGGCUCUGUUGUUACAGAAAAGCCUUAAAAACAGGAAAGCCAAGCCAAUGUCCGUGUACUACUGCUCUUAUUUAAAACCAAAAUGUCAAAGUAAAAACAUCAGACCCUUUCCUUUAGGGCGUGGGCGUGUGUGGGUGCCCACUGCAGUCGUUGGCAGAGUUAUCGUGAUCACGGAGAGGGAGGCAGAGAAGAACGAAGGAGGGAAGGUGUGUUUGGAAGGAAAAAAAUACAGAAUUGAAAAACGGUUAAAGUUUUUUUACAUCUGGAAAGCAGCUUGCUGUGUCAAACAUGACUGACUGACACUUUUUUGUAUUGGAGCCUUUGUGCUAAGAGUGUUGCGUACACAGCUGGGAUAUGGACCACUUUAAUUCUGUUAAACAUGUGUAGUGUGUGCUGCUGUAUAUACUUCUUCUGGUGUGGGUGCGUGCGUGUGUGUGUGUGAGAGAUCGAGACAUAUAAGUGAUGAUGGAAGAAAGUCUAAUUUUUGGGGGAUAAAAUUAACUCCUAAACUGGAAUCUUAUUUAGUAUUUAGAAGAAAAUGAAAGUUAACCACUGAAAGUUUACGAUGAGCAAAUUUAUAUAUUUGAAUUGGGAGGAUCUAAUGAUGUGUAGUAUAACAAUCUCAUAUUUUAGAUACGUGACCAUUUUAAUUUUCUCUGUUUUCUAAUGUGUUGUGUACAUGUUUAGGAUGUUUUGUGUACUGAACGUUGCGACGUAACUGCCAUGCAACUGCGUGAGCGCUUGCACUGCACGUGCCAUAGCCCGAGCAGCAGUCACGUGGAUAAAGUUCUGACUCGACUCGGUUUAGGAUGCGGGACUCCUUGUCCAGGCCAUGUCUGUUUGGUGCCUGCUGCCACCAGCCUUGGGUUCCCAUGAGAUCCUGCAGCUUGCACACAGACGCUCCGGUGCCCCCUAGUGGGGGAGAAGCGUUCUGACCGAUGAUUGGCCGGACUUACCUCAUAGACCGCGCGCUACGUUUCUGUUCGUUGGCCACAUGGAUAGAAAUCAAAACAUUGAUACCAAAAAGAGAUAAAACUGAGGGCAUGUGAAGACCAGUAUAAUUAGAGUAGUCUCUCUGUUCAGUGUGCCGUGAGUCCUGUGGUGGUAGUGGGGGACGAUUGUCCAGCACUGGUCACGUCCCUCUGCAAAACUGUCUGACUGCAAGUAACCGAUGUAAACGUUGGGAUUUCUGACUGUGAACGUUGACUUUGGUGAGAGUCUCUGCUCCUCCAGAUGUUUUAUAACGGUAUGUGUUGUAACAUUCAGUCAUCGUGCAGUAUUUUUUAUUAUUACUUAUGAUUUCUAGACCACAGAGUUUUUAUUUAUUUUCAGUUGUUUUUUUGGUCUUUUUUAUAGCAUUGUACAUAAUAGUUUGAUAAUUCUCAAAAUUGUGUCAAUUAAUAAUCAAGUGGAACACUUUGUAGAUGUGUGAUCUGUGAACAGAGGAUCACAUGGUUGUGGGUCUCUGCUCUUUCCUGUCUUCAUCUACCUCUGGGUUGCUCGCGCUCCGGCAGGGUUGGGCUCCGAGAUGGUGUCUGCUCUCCUGUUUAAAUUGAAGGAUCUUUAGGCUUGUGACUGAAAUCUUGUAAUGGACUUAUUCGCUUCACAAAUCAUUCCUAAAUGUCUUUAAAUAAAUCUUGGGAUUUGUUUGUUUGUUUAAUGGA